AUGUUUGGUAAGAAACCACAGACUAUCCUCACAGACCAAGAUGCUGCAAUGGCAAAGGCAUUAGCCUCACAAUGGCCAGAAACACAUCAUCGUUUAUGUGUUUGGCAUAUGUACCAGAAUGCAACUAAGAACCUCAAAGAAGUGCUAGGAAGGUACAGUACUUUUGCAGCAGAUUUUAAUAGUUGUGUAUAUGACCAUGACUAUGAAGAUGAUUUUUUAGAUGCAUGGGAUAAUAUGCUUGAUAAAUAUGAUCUAAAGAAUAACAGUUGGUUGCAAAGACAAUUUGAGUUAAGGGAGAAAUGGGGUUUGGUUUAUGGGAGGAAAACAUUUUGUGCUGAUAUGUCUAUUACUCAGAGAAGCGAGAGUAUGAACAGUCAAAUUAAAAGGUUGGUUGAUGAAGGAUGUUUUGAAGAGUUGAGAGCAGAUUUUAAAGCAACUCAAAGUAAACCAUCAUUAGAAUAUCCAGUAGAAAUAUUGAAGCAUGCAACAAGUGUUUAUACUCUUGCAGUAUUUAAGUUGUUUAAUCGUGAAUUAUGGCUCACUUGGGAUUGUGAAUUGCAUAAGGAGGGUGAGGUUGGAUCUGUGGUAAAAUAUAAAGUUAUUUCUUCCCGUAAAUCUCGCCAACACAUUGGUCAAUUUGAUUCAUUGGCUUCUACAGUGAUGUGUAGUUGUAAUAAAUUUGAAUUUGUUGGAAUUUUAUGUGCCCAUGCCUUAAAAGUGUUAUCUCUUCAAAAUUGUAAAAGGGUGCCAAAUCAGUAUAUUUUAAAAAGGUGGACAAAAGAUGCAAAGGUUGGUUCUGCAAUGAAAAAUUAUAUGCAUGUAGAACCACAUGACCAAAAUGCAGAUGUGGGAAGUUGUUAUAAAGUGUUGCUUAAAUUGUAUUCUAAUUUGGCAGCAAGAGCUACACUGAUUGAUGAGACUUUUCGUAUUUCUUUGGAUGCUCAUGAAAGUACUUUGAACAAAGUAGAGGCAAAUUUGAAAAAUUUAUCAAUUGAAGAAUCUACUGUUGGGAGCACUCAUUUCAAAUUAAAGGCUCAACAAGCUAAUGAUAAUGUGCAGCCUACUAAUUGUGAAGGAAAUAAAAUUAAAGGAAUUAAGCUUAAAGGGAGACAAGCAUGUGUAGGGACAUCUCAUAGAAGAAAGGGUGCAUUAGAGAAAGUUACAAGAAAGAGAAAACGUCAAAAAAAAGCAUCCUCUCAUAUUCAACAGCUCACACCAGAAGAUAGCAUGGGAAAUUUAAAUACACCUGGCUUUACUGAUAUGCUAAACUUGACACAGGUAAUUAAAUGA